UAACUGGUUGUACAGUAAAAAUCAAAUUUUAUCAAAUAGAUGUGCGGCGCAUACUUUACCCAUACAUAUACUAAUAUACUAAUACACCCAUACAUUGCCCAUAAAAAAUAACAUGACUGUCAGUGUCAUUAUAAUAGUAGUAUAGUUACUGUACUGUAAUAUACUGGUGUGUGUUAUCAUUGACUAAAUAAAAAUUAUCGUAAAAAUAACUGUUAUUUUUUAUAUAUAAAAUAAAUAUUUUUAUUUUAUUGGAAAAUAAAAAUUAAUAUAUUUGUGUUGUGUGUGAAACACCAACCUAUCUAUUGGACAGUCAGUCCAUUUGGAUAAUCAGUAAUAUUACCGCACACUAACUCACGCGCGCGGGUGUCGUCGACACACGUAUUGAUUUCAUUGUUGUGUUUUUUGUUUUGUUUGAAUCCCAAAGACUCGUGUUUUUUUGUUGGUGUUAUUGUUGGUCUUUACCACCGAUGAAGACUGGAAGCGAUUGAAUCAUAUAAUACAUACAUAUAUAACUCGGGAACCAACCAAUCGGUAGACCAGAACAACUCUCGGGACGAUUGGCUACCAAUUGGCUGUCUCUCUCUCUAUCGCUGUCUCCAAGAAGUGGUGGCCGAAGAAGUAUUUGAUUACCUAAGCUGUGAUAUAGAUUGUCCAUUCAGUUGGUUAUUAUCAUAUAAUAUAAAUUGAUACCACAAUCUGAAGAUAUGGUCGACUACUAUACGAUAUUAAAUGUCCCGCGAAAUGCCGACACCAUCGAUAUCAAGAAGGCAUAUCGGAAACUGGCGCUCAAAUGGCAUCCGGACAAGAAUCCCGACCGCAAGGAUGAGGCCGAACGCAAAUUCAAAGAAAUAUCCGAAGCCUACGAAGUUCUGUCCGAUGACACAAAGCGCCGAAUUUACGACAAAUACGGCAAAGAAGGUCUCAUGAAUGGAGGCGGCGGUGGCGGAGGUCGCGGUCAUAAUCAUCACCAUCACUACCACAAUGGCGGUCAUCAUCAGGGUUUCGGUGGCGGCCAUCCGUUUAACGGUUUCUUUACGUUUCGCGAUCCCGAAGACGUAUUUCGUGAUUUUUUCGGCUCCGAUCCGACAUUCAACAACAUGUUUCGCCAGUUCGGCAAUCAAAACAAUAUGACUAACGGCGUACCGAUGAACCCGCAUAACCAGCACAUGGCGUUUCCAUUUCAGAAUCCGUUUGCCCAGUUUGGCGGCGGUUUUCCCACUAAUGUACCGUUCAAUGACCAUCUGUGGGGCGAUGGUGUCUCAUCGUUUACGACGUUUAGUUCGUCGGGUACCACAUUCAAUGACCUCGGGAACAGACCUAAUGUCAAACGGACGACUACUUCGACUAAAAAUGUUAACGGAAAACGUAUUGAGACAAGAAAAGUCUUCGAGAACGGGAAGGAAACGGUAACCGUGACUGAGGACGGGGUCAUAAUAUCCAAGUCCGUCAAUGGAGUCAAACAAGCGAUAGUGAACAACCAAUCGGCCGGUAAUAAUAAUAAUAAGACUAAUAAUAAUGAUAAUACUAAAGCUGCUGCUGAGGAAACAGUUAAGAAAACUGUUAAAACAACUAUUAAGACAACUGUAGAGACACCGACAUCGACAUCAUCGGUAGAUACGACAACAACAACAACAAAUCAGACAAGCAAUCCAUGGAUCCAAUGUGUGAUAGUUAUUGUAUUGGCCAUUGCAUCCAUGCUAUUCUCAUUGAAUUAAUUGAUUCAAUUUAAUAAUCUCUCAAAAUUAUUUGUUUGACUAUUUUGUUGUUGUGGAUUAUUAUUGAUACUGAUUUUUAAAG